UGUACAAAUACUGUCCAAUGUUUGCUUUCGCACGUAUUUAUAAUACGUCUUUCAUUCAUUCUCUACCUUAAUUCUCUUCGCUUUCUCUCUCUAACUUCAAACUCAAACAUGAGGCGAAACUGCAACUUGGAACUUGCCCUUUUCCCUCCCUCCGAUUCUGACCCUCUCCACCACUCCAGGGUUCAAGGAGCUACGGAAACCAGUCCGCUCCAUCACCACCACCGCCAGGAACACCAACAACAACCACUCACAAUUUUCUACGACGGCAAGAUUUGUGUUGCAGAUGUCACCGAGCUUCAGGCUAAAUCUAUUUUAAUGCUUGCAAAUGGAAAAUUGGAAGAAAGAACGAGGACAGGAAAUGGGUCAGAGGCAUCUUCUCCAACAGUUUUGCAAUCUCCUAAUCAAUUGUAUAGCCCUGGCAGUGGCCUUUCUAUGAGAAAAUCGUUGCAACGCUUCCUUCUCAAGAGAAAGAAUCGGGUUCAAGAAGCCUCUCCAUAUCAUCACUAGUUAAUUAUGCAAUCUCAUAAUGUAUCAGAGCACCUUCUGUUUCCAAUCAAUCAUUCCCUUCUUUCUUUUUUCACUACUUCUUAGGUUUACCAUUUCAUACCUUUUUUAAAUCUUCAUUUUUGUCUUCUACACCCUGUAAAUACUUACCUUCCAAACCUUACUUAAUUUAAAUCUCUUUCACUUCAUUUAUUUCUUUCUAUUU